CCCCUUCAAACCCUCAUUUCAUCUUCUCUCCCCUCUCCUCAGCCAUGGCAUCCACCGUAACCCGCUCUCUCUUCUCUCUUCGCCCCACCAUUCACCCACAGACCACCUUCAAACGUCUCCUCUCCACGCUCUCCAUCACCCGCCCUCCGCCAGUCUCUGCCUACCCCCGCCCAAAUCGCCCCUCCGUCCUCAUUUCUCAAUCAGUCCGAGUCGACUCUUCCACUCGGUUCAACUCGAUCCGCUGCCAAGUAAACCGCUCUGGACCUUACUCCCCACUCAACAACUCCUCCGGGUCGAAUUUCAGCGACCGUCCUCCCACGGAAAUUGCGCCGCUUUUCCCUGGAUGUGAUUAUGAACAUUGGUUGAUUGUUAUGGAUAAACCUGGUGGUGAAGGUGCAAAUAAGAACCAGAUGAUUGAUGCUUACAUUAAAACCCUAGCUCAAGUACUUGGAAGUGAAGAGGCAGCCAUGCAGAAAAUUUACAAUGUUUCUUGUGAGAGGUACUUUGGGUUUGGCUGUGAAGUUGAUGAAGAAACUGCUAACAAAAUGGAAGGUCUUCCUGGUGUCCUCUUCGUGCUUCCUGAUUCUUAUGUGGAUGCUGAGUACAAAGAUUACGGAGCGGAGCUGUUUGUCAAUGGUGAAAUUGUCCAGAGACCUCCAGAGAGGCAAAGGAGAGUGGAACCAGUGCCUCAAAGAAAUCAAGACAGACCAAGAUAUAAUGAUAGGACUCGAUAUCAAAGGAGGAGGGAAAAUAUGAGGUGAACAACAUAACAUGAAUGUGGACUGAAAAAGACUUACGCUGGCUAAUAACCUGGUUGUAUUCAAGUAAUGUGUUUGGCAAGAUUAUGAGUCUAUCGGUAAAUGAAGUGUAGUAGUACUAGGCUCGCAGAAAAGUGACGCUAGGUUCACAUUAGUGUUUUCUCUGUCUCUCCUUGUGGGACUUUUUAUUGGUGGAAAUUAGACUCCUCAUUUACUGUCAAGUGGACUAAGUAUAUUUUUGAGAACUUGUGUAUAAAGAUGUGUUUUUCUAAGCAAA